UUCAAUUCUUUCUUCGCCAAGGUUACUCCAAUUAACCUUGCACAUACGCAUCGGCCUUAGCACGUAUGCUCAAGUCUCGAUUGCUGAUUAGCAUGGUUUUGCCGUCACUGUUAAUUUGCUUAUUAUCAUCAGCUGUGGAGUUUGACAGUAAGUAAUAUGUGAGUUGACUUUUUUUCUCUAGUGAGGUAAUUCCAUUUUUCGCCCCAAGUUUUGUAUUUGAGGCAUGUUGAGAAAUUCCACGACCUUUUACGUUACAUCAGAUUAAUUUAGACUGUUUAUUUCCUUAGUUCAACGGCCCAUAUGAGCCAAUACUACACUAGAUUUUCGGUAAUAUAUUAAGUAAUUAAGGGCGUUUUGGGUAGUCCACAUGUAUCCAUCCCACAGGCACCUUCCCCUGAAAUCGAAAUCUCACGCGGUAAUUAUCCAUCCCACACUCGUUCAUUUGCCAUCGCCAUUGCCAGCGCACCGUUGCCAUCGCUCGUCGCGUCCUAGCUAGCCGUCGGCAGCGGCGAGUUGUCAUGCCUUUCGUGUUACCCUCGAACCUACAUGAUUUAGAGUGGGUCACCUGACGAAGACGACGAAGGCGCCCCGGCCGCAUGCCCUCUUCAUCGCCUCGCCUUGCUGGCCGUCUUCGUCCGCGGCUAGAUUGCCCGGUUUUUGGUUUUCUGGUCGAGCCUCCGGGAUCUGGAACUGGUCGCUGACAUAGAGAUGACAGACUUCGCUUGGACUGCAUGGCCCCGGCCUUGUCCAGCCCGUCCCAUGAAUAAUCAUGCAGACAUACAUCUUUCGGAUGCAGAGGCCAGGUAACCCUCCUUUUCAAAAAAGAAAUGAAUGACCAUGCAGACACUAGAAAGACACUAGAAUACGAGGCCAUACCAUGGUAAGUAUUCAACUCCAUCGAACUCUCUUAUUGACAUCACGCCAUGUCCAUUCUUUUCCAAAAAAGAAGCUAGCUAAUUAAGUAAAUUCCUGCCGCCGCCGGCGACAUGCAAGCAGCGUAGGCUCUGACUUUUGGCAGCGUUGGGAUGACAGUGCGCUGGGAGGAGUGCAAGCGGUGUUGGGAUGGAGGACUUUCUAAGGGUGCCAGCCUACACGCAGCGUCUGGAUAUCCGAGAACAUGGGGGCGGCGACCUGCAGGAUGAUUAUUUUGCCAGCGAUGGAUGGCCGGCGUUGGGGACGGAGGGCUGCAGUGGCGCUCGGCUGCAAUCAGUCUAAUUAAUUAGACGAAACAUAAUUACCAAUAUGUCCUUAAGCCAUAAUCUGACGGUCUCAUGCUGACCAUUAGAUUAACUAAAUACUACCAUUAUGUUGAGUAGUAGUAUAUGGUGUACCGUAAAAUUUCCCACUACGAAACUGCUGCCAGUUUUUACCCCUUCUCGGAUCACUCGCUGCUUAUGUGGCGCGCAACGUACUAGAUGACAGUGCAGUUUGAGGUGGUUGUUUUGUCCGCCGUAGCGUUAAAGCACCGUUGGUUUGAGAAAGGUUCCCUUGCCGUACAAUCGUACAUCUUUCUUCUAUCAGUGUAUCGAGACACAAGCUUUGCUUUCUCAAAAACAAAAACAAAAAAUAGAUGGCAGGAAAAUAGGCACUUCCAUUUAGGAGGCAGCAAUCGUUUGAAUGGCCCUAAGCACUUGUUUGUUGUUUCGAUGCUUGUUUAUGAUGUCAGAUUCUUAGCAAUUGACACUGAUACCAGGUUGCUGCUAGUUCUCUUGUACAGACAUGGCCAGGUCCGGAGGGUUCACGUAUGCAGCAAUCCUCCUGCUUGUUCUGAACAUUUUCCAGGUGGAUGUUGUAAGGGGACAAAGCACUCACCCUAUUGAAGCAAAUGCUCUCAGUGCUAUUAAAGCCAGGUUAAUUGACCCUACGAAUAACCUUAAUAAAUGGAACAGAGGAGAUCCAUGCACAUCAAACUGGACAGGAGUCACCUGUCACAAGAUACCCAGUGAUACAUAUCUUCAUGUAACAAAGCUGGAGUUGUUCAAGAUGAACCUCUCUGGAACUUUGGCACCAGAGGUUGGUCUUCUGUCUCAGCUGAGAAAAUUGAAUUUUAUGUGGAACAAUUUGACUGGUAACAUCCCGAAAGAGAUAGGCAAUAUCACAACACUAAAUCUUAUGGCUUUGAAUGGUAAUCAACUAUCUGGUUCCCUACCAGAUGAGAUUGGCUAUCUCAAGAAGUUAAACAGAUUACAAGUCGACCAAAAUCAAAUAUCUGGACCCAUACCAACGUCGUUUGCUAAUUUAGAAAGCAUGAAGCAUCUUCACAUGAACAACAAUUCAUUAAGUGGGCAAAUUCCAUCUGAGUUGUCCAGAUUGUCUAAGCUCCUUCAUCUGCUUGUGGAUACCAAUAAUUUAUCUGGACCUCUUCCUCGAAACUUAGCAGGGAUGCUUAGUUUGAAAAUAUUUCAGGCUGAUAAUAAUAACUUCAGUGGAAGUUCCAUACCCGCUGCAUACAAUAACAUACGGACACUUUUAAAGCUGAGUCUCAGGAAUUGCAGUUUGCAAGGAGUUAUUCCUGAUCUAAGUGGCAUACCUGAACUUGGCUAUUUAGAUCUUAGCUGGAACCAACUGAGAGGAUCUAUAGCAGUUGAUAGACUCGCUUCAAAUAUCACCACGAUUAUUUUAUCGCAUAACUUUCUUAAUGGAACUAUUCCGGCAAACUUCUCUGGGCUGCCUAAUCUUCAGUUAUUGAACUUUGAAAGCAACUCCCUUGACACAAUUCCAGCUGCAUUUGAGCCUCCAAAAGCUGUCAUUGUACUGAUUUCUGGAAACCCCGUAUGUGACAAUCCAGCUCGAGCAAAGGGACUUUGUCAACCCAAAUCUGUAAAUGAAGCACCGUCUGGACAGGGACCACAAGUUAAUAUAGAUUGUGCUUCUUGCCCGACGGAUAAAAAUUAUGAAUACAAUCCAUUAUCCCCUAUACCUUGCAUUUGUCUUGUGCCUCUCGAAGUUGGAUUUCGGCUGAAGAGUCCGGGGAUCUCAGACUUCCACUCCUACAAAAAAGCCUUUGAGAUGGACUCAACCUCUCUAUUGGACCUGAGUCUUUACCAGCUAUAUAUUGAGCGGUACACAUGGGAGGCUGGUCCAAGGCUGAAUUUGCAUUUGAAGUUAUUCCCAAAUAACACUAAUUUAUUCACUAUGUCGGAAGUUAUGCGGCUCAGGCAAUUACUUGCUGGAUGGGAAAUUACUCUAUCAGACAUUUUUGGUCCAUAUGAUCUUCUCAAUUUCACGCUUGGUUCCUAUGCAGAUGAAUUUCCAACACUGGUAUCAUCAGGUUUAAAAAAGGGUGCACUAGCUGGGAUUUUGGCAGGAACAAUUAUUGCUGCUAUUGCAGUUUCUGUGGUUUCCACAUUUUUUAUAAUGAGAAGACGCUCAAAACAUCGAACAGUUUCGAGGCCAUCAUUACUAUUGAGGUUUUCUGUCAAGGUUGAUGUUGUGAGAUCCUUCACGUUUGAAGAAAUGGCUACAGCAACAAAUAAUUUCGAUGAUUCAGCUGAAAUUGGUGAGGGAGGUUAUGGAAAAGUCUAUAAAGGAAAUCUAGCUGAUGGAGCAACCGUUGCAAUCAAACGAGCACAUGAACAUUCUCUGCAAGGUUCAAAUGAAUUUUGCACAGAAAUAGAAUUGCUGUCAAGAUUGCAUCAUCGUAAUUUGGUAUCUCUGAUUGGAUAUUGUGAUGAAGAAGUCGAACAGAUGCUGGUGUAUGAAUUCAUGCCAAAUGGCACUCUACGUGAUCAUCUUUCUGCAACUUGUAAAAGACCUCUUAACUUUGUUCAGCGGUUGCAUAUUGCGUUGGGCGCUGCAAAGGGAAUCCUCUAUCUACACACCGAGGCAGAUCCUCCUAUAUUUCACCGUGAUGUUAAGACCACCAACAUUCUACUGGACUCCAAGUUCGUAGCGAAAGUGGCCGACUUUGGUCUUUCAAAGCUUGCUCUGAUCCCGGAUGUUGAAGGAACAUUGCCAGAACAUAUCUCCACUGUUGUUAAGGGCACUCCAGGCUAUCUUGAUCCAGAAUACUUCCUAACUAAUAAAUUGACAGAAAAAAGUGAUGUUUAUAGCUUUGGUGUUGUGCUGCUUGAACUAUUGACCGGGAUGAAGCCAAUCCAGUUCGGUAAAAACAUCGUUAGAGAGGUAAAGGCGGCUUACCAAUCAGGAGACGUUUCCGGAAUCAUCGACAGCCGAAUGUCGUGGUGCCCUCGAGAAUUCGCCACGAGGUUCCUCUCACUGGCCCUGAAGUGCUGCCAGGACGAGAGCGACGCGAGGCCUUACAUGGCCAACAUCGUCAGGGAACUCGACGACAUCCGUAGCGCUCUGCCUGAAGGAGAAGAUCUCCUGUCUGUGACCUCCAUGGAGACGGGCUCCUUGGCCACCCUAACUCAAUCUACAUCGAACUCCUUCAUAACGACCACCAGAGAGCAUUUCGACUCGUCCCAUGCCUCCGGCAGCGGGCUUAUGGACAACAGCGUCCCUUCCAGGAUGUCGGUGACUCCUCGUUAGUGCUGUCGCGCUCUUUGCAUUGUAAAUGGGUGUGGAGGACAGUUCCUGCCGGGCGAUUUCUUCUUAUGUACAUGUUGAAAUGGGUGUGUUGUUGUUGAUGAUGUGUGUGUGUGUUUGAUGAUCAGGGGUUUGACUAUCAUGGGAGGUGUAUUUGGCAGACACUGUUGGCGAGUGCAAAAUGAUGAAUGCUAACUGGAGUAAUUCUUUUCAGCUAA